UGGUGCCUUCUACUGCUACUUCGCUUUUCCCAUCUCCCGAGUUGAUGAGUCUUCUGAUUUGUAUGAACGUCAAAUCAUAACUUUGACAAACAUGGAUGCUCAAACGCACAUGAAUGCAGCCCGAGAAACGCUUCGAUCGUCGGGUCGUCUCGUUCAAUAAACCCGGAAGUGUCGAUAGAACCGACUCACGCUGCUGUUUGUACCUCAGGACAGCAACUUUGAUCUCACGUUGAGAUAGGAGGGUGAUUGUCGUCCAUGGAGCGAGUGAUGGGAGGAGGAGGAGUGCUUCAGCUGGUUUUAGCCGGUGCGGGGGUCUGGCUGCUUUACAGGAUCCUGCUGCGCCUCAGACCAGGAGCUGCUCUGCAGGAUGCCGUGGUGGUCAUCACCGGCGCCAGCUCGGGACUGGGGAAAGAGUGCGCGCGGGUCUUCCACGCUGCAGGAGCCCGACUGGUUCUGUGUGGACGAGACGCAGCUCGUCUGCAGCAGGUGGUCGAGGAGCUCACUGCGGGCUCGGCAGGUUCACAGACUCACACUCCCCGCACCGUGACCUUCGACCUGGCUGACGCUGACUCGGUGGACGGCGCUGCAGAGGAGAUCCUGAAAUGUUACGGACAUGUGGAUGUUCUCAUUAAUAAUGCUGGAAUCAGUUACCGUGGCAACAUACUGGAUACUCACACUUCAGUUCAUCGGGAUGUGAUGGAGACUAACUACUUCGGGCCGGUCGCUCUGACUCAAGCUCUCCUGCCCUCGAUGGUUCGCCGGCGAAGUGGCCACAUCGUGGUCAUCAGCAGUGUCCAGGGAAAGAUUUCCAUCCCUUACAGAUCAGCCUAUGCGGCCUCUAAACACGCCACCCAGGCGUACUUCGACUGCUUACGGGCAGAAAUGGAGCGCUACGGGAUCCCGGUGAGCGUCAUCAGUCCGGGUUACAUCAGAACCAACCUGUCAGUCAACGCCGUCACAGGAGAUGGAUCCAAAUACGGAGUUCUGGAUAAAACCACAGUCGGUCGCGACCCCGGAGACGUGGCUCAGGCCGUUCUGAAGGCCGUCCGUCAGAGGAGCAAAGACGUCGUCCUGGCUGGACCUCUGCCUCAUGUGGCCAUCUACCUUCGCACGCUUUGGCCUGCGCUGUUCUUCAAACUCAUGUCCUCACGCGCUCGCAAGGAGCACAAACCCAAAGACGAGUGAAGCAGCAGCUCAGGAACGAGAGGAAAACAGAGAGGACAGAAAGUGAAGCUUUACACAGAGGUCACAUGGAAGAGAGGGGUGAAUAGAUCUGCAGAGAAGGGUCGUCUAAAUCUAAUAUUUUGGCUCUUUUU